AUGACCGUGUUUCGAUUAAAAUAUUUCCCACACGUGUGCCGACUUUGUUUGCAUUAUGAAGAAACGUUAGUUCCGGCGAAUGAAUAUAUGCAUCCGUACGAUGGAAAACUUGGCGACCUCAUUGAUGAACUUACGUUGUUGCAGUUGCCGGAGGAAAUUAUACAUUUGAUUCCGACUGGUGUCUGCCAAAAGUGCUUCGAAGCAUUUGAGCGUUUCCUGGCUUAUCGGAAAAAUUUGUGGUACGUAAUGCAGUUCACUUACAGCCUCGCGCAGCUACGCAGAGGGGAUCCGUCUGCGCUACACGAAUUGUUUGUUGAUCACCGGGAACCUAUGUUGAUGAUGCUACAGAAACUGCAACUGUUGAAUGUUGAGAAAAACGAACUGAACGUGCAGGAAUUGCUUGACGAGUUCGAAGAGUAUGGUAUCAGCUCGAUAUUGGACGAAGGAAAGAAUGAAUACACAGAGAUGGAACUUCAGGAAAAAGGUGCUACCAAUUCGACACAAGAUAAGGAGAAACAUAAACACAUAGCGGAAGCUGACGACGGCAGUAACUGCCUCGACGAGAUCGCAGCCAACGAGUCGGACGGAGAAAUACCCCACGUAGAUGCUGAAGAAGAUGUGGAACUUGGAAAGGAAUUGGAACCGGAUACCGAAGUUGUGAAAGUAAUGGACAUCGAUGUAAUGGACGUAACCGAUGCAGAACUGAAUGAUGCAGUGGUUCGAAAAAGAGGCCACGUAGAUGCAAAAAAAAGACACCAUACUAGGACAUCGGCCCGAAGAUGCGUUAAGAAUCGAGACGAAGGAUCAUCGCAGCUUCAAUGUGAGAAAUGCAAAUUUGUAGCAGCCUGUUCUGAAUCCCUCCAGUUACACAUGGAGAUCCAUCAGAAAAUGCCAAAACCUGUACUCUGCAAACGCUGUAAUCUUACGUUCGACAGCCAAAAGGAGCUCAAAAGCCACAAGCACUCCGAGCAUCGGGAUUACAUAUGUGACUCGUGCGGUAUGUCGUUUGCGGUCAAGUUUUCCCUCGACGAGCACCGCAAGCGACACGAGCCGGUGCGUCCGCACAAGUGUGAUUACUGUCCGCUCGAGUACUACACGAAGGCAGAAAAGCAUUUUCACGUCAAACAGGUGCACCUGAAAACGUACGAAGUGAAGUGCAAGGAAUGUGGACUGCGGUUCAAACACAAUGCCGAGCUCAAGCAACACAGCAAAAGUCACACGAACCAGCGUUGGUACGAGUGCGCCCAAUGCGGAUUCUCUUUCAAAUCGCACACCCAUCUCAACAGACACAUUAAAGGCGUCCAUGAGUUACAACGGCACCAGUGUGAGCACUGCAGUAAGUCGUACUGCCGCCGAGACAAGCUACGGAUGCACAUCGAGAAGAAACAUAAUAUCCAAAUGUACUUUGUUUGCGAUAUUUGCCUGCAGUCCUAUAGUACGUCGAAAAAAUUGGACGACCACAAAAACCAUCAUCAAAACCCCAAAGACCAACAAUGUGGAAUAUGCCUAGGGGCGUUUUUGACGACCAAAGAAUUCGGCGAUCAUCUUUGCAUCACCUACCGAGAAAAUUACAUCUGCUGCAAUCGUGACUUCAAGUACCAUUAUUUCUACAACAAGCACAUGUUUUUGGUUCACGGAAAGAACACGAACGUACGCGUUAAACCGGCGGAAGGAAUACUGACGGGACAGUUUCGGGCGUUGCGAUCGCAAGAAAAAUGGUGCCCGAUAUGUGACCAGUUGAUCCCGGCUUGGAGCACCAAGAAGCAACAUAUGGACAAAUGUGGUAGGACGGUGCUCAAAUCUGAGUUCGUCGAAAGCGCGCCGCUGGAAAGCACCACAAAGACAAACGACAACAUGCUAGAAAUAUCAAUAAUUGGCCCUCGGGCGAAUAACAAUUGACCAUUUGACUGGUUCAAAAUAACGUGGCAACGGUAAUAAUGACUGGUUCAUGUACGUGACUCAUUCGG